AGUACUUAUGUAUUUGGAGAAGAUGUGAGCUUUGGUGGGGUCUUUCGUUGCACAACAGGCUUAGCUGAUCGAUUUGGUAAACGAAGGGUUUUUAAUACCCCUCUCUGUGAACAGGGCAUUGUAGGAUUUGGCAUUGGUCUAGCAGCUAUGGGUAAUCGAGCUGUAGCAGAAAUCCAGUUCGCAGAUUACAUUUUUCCUGCUUUUGAUCAGAUUGUCAAUGAAGCUGCAAAGUUCAGAUACCGAAGUGGAAAUCAAUUUAAUUGUGGAGGUUUAACAAUACGAUCCCCCUAUGGAGCUGUGGGCCAUGGUGGACAUUAUCAUUCACAAUCUCCUGAAGCUUUCUUCUGUCACGCCCCUGGUAUCAAAAUAUCCUACUACAUGAAUACUAUGGAUCAUUCGCGUCCGGCAUUUCCUCCAAUAUUGGUUUAAAUAGUUGCAUUACAAGGAGACAGACAACUGGAACAAAAACUUCAAAAUGGUCUCUAUCAAGUCAGAAAUGUGAUAUCAUUCAUCAAGUUGGAAAGUUCUAGCACACUCUUGAAAGUUUGUUCUGCUUAGUGGCUUGUGACCUGAGAUAGUAGCUGCAUAC